AUGUCGCACACCAACAUCGAGGACGAAGAGACCUUUGAGCCCAUUUACGCAGCCCAGGAGGACUUUAACCCCAACGACACCGUCAGCUCAUUCCUCAACACUGCAUACGACCCCACUCGACUGCACCCCCUCGCAGGUCUUGGAGGCACCGGCGGGCUCGACUACCUAAACUUGGAGGACGAUGCCGGCAGCUUGCCUGGUGCACAUGGUGGCGGCGGUAUCUUGCCCAGCCGUGGAUGGUCGGAUGAUUUGACUUAUGGAACCGGGUUGACCUAUAUCACUGGGUUGACAUUGGGAGGCGCGUAUGGGUUCUUCGAGGGUCUUAGGUCAUCGCCCAGCCCUGCUAUUAAAAUCCGCAUCAACACUGUCCUGAACGGGAUGACUCGUCGUGGACCAUUUAUCGGCAACUCUGCCGGCGUCCUUGCUCUUAUGUAUAACGGGAUCAAUGGAGGUGUUGGACGCGCUCGUGGUCAUUACGAUCCCUUGAACUCUGUGAUUGCUGGCGGCCUGACUGGAGCAAUUUUCAAAUCAACAGCUGGACUGCGCGCAGCAGGCUCAGCAGGAGGCGUUUGCGCAGUGGCGGCCGGCAUCUGGGCCUAUGGCAAGGAAGCCUUGAACUUGUAA